UCAAGCGAAGUAAAGCAAACAGAAGACUUUGAACUAGCGUUGAGUAACGAUGAACCAGCCACUGAACCAGCCGUUGAUGUAGAUGCGCCAACAAUUGAACCAAUCGUCAGGGUGGAUGCACCAGCCGCCGAACCAAUCGUGAGUUUAGAUGCGCCAACAAUUGAAAAAAUCGUCAGGGUGGAUGCACCAACCGUCGAACAAAUCGUGAUUGUAGAUGCGCAUACAAUUGAACCAAUUGUCAGGGUGGAUGCACCAACCGUCGAACCAAUCGUCAAUGUAGAUGCGCCAACAAUUGAACCAAUCGUCAAGGUGGAUGCACCAGCCGUCGAACCAAUCGUCACUGUAGAUGUACCAACUAUUGAACCAACCACCAGUGUAGAUGCACCAAGUAAUGAGCCAACCGUCGGUGUGGAUGGACCAACCGUCGAACCAAUCGUGAGUGUAGAUGCGCUUACUAUUGAACCAAUCGUCAAGGUGGAUGCGCCAGCCGUCGAACCAACCACCAGUGUAGAUGCACCAAGUAAUGAGCCAACCGUCGGUGUGGAUGGACCAGCUAUUGAACUAAUCGCCAGUGCAUAUACACCAACCGUUAAACCAGUCUUCCGUGAAGAUCUAUCAGUCUCACAACCAGACGUGAUGAUUCCACCAAUGCCGAAAAUGCAACAAACAGCCCCAGUAAGUCUUCAAACACCGAUAGAGUAUAAAUGUAACAAAUGCAGCAAUUCAUAUGUCUCGUUCAGCGAGAUGAAGAAGCAUAUGAGCACCGUCCACAAUUGCCGACCAUCCAAGACUUGCGAACUGUGUGGUAAGAUGUUUUGUACGCCGGAAUAUGUUGCCAAACAUGUGAGCAUGGUACACGGGUAAGAGAGACCCUACAGGUGUAUACUUUGUGACAGGAGAUUUACCUCUAAGAUCAACUUGACUAACCACCCUUGAAGACCCGAGGUUCAAAACUCUAGUGACGAACAACCAACAAUGGAAGUCUCAGUGUUCAGACACGAAGAACAGUAUCCAGGAUCGUUAGGAGAACAGAGGGAUCUGGCUAUUCAACCAUGCGCAGAAAAAACUUGACGGAGUAAAGGGUAAUUGACAAAUUCAGUCAUGUCCUGUACGACGUUGGAAAUUACAAACUCUCCUGCCUAUAACAAACGAUAGACAAGGAGACAAACAAUGAUUUAGCCAUUGAUUGAGACUAACUAAAAGUUUUGUUAUAUACAUAUACUGUAUAUAUUGUAUAUAUACAUAUACAUUGUUAUUUUAUUGGUACCAAUGUAACUUCAGGCAUGAAUGAAGUUAUCCUUUUAGAGUGAUAUCCAAUCCGAAAGUAAAUCAAAAACUAGAUUGUAAUCAUUUCAUUUUAUGUAAUCAUAAACAAAUGUUGAUGAAUCCAA